CACAUGCCACAGGUUCUUGCGGAUGCAGUGUCUCGUCUAGUGGUGGAUAAGUUCAGUGAGCUGACGGACAACUUCACCUCCCCCCACGCUCGGCGAAAAGUUCUAGCAGGGGUUGUCAUGACAACAGGUACAGAUGUGAAGGAAGCACAGGUUAUUUGUGUCUCCACGGGAACCAAAUGCAUCAAUGGUGAGUACAUGAGUGACCGUGGACUGGCGCUCAAUGACUGCCACGCUGAGAUCAUCGCCCGACGCUCACUCAUCAGGUAUCUCUACACUCAGCUGGAGUUCUUCCUCAGCAACAACAAGGAGGACCAUCAAAAGUCAAUAUUCCUGCAGUGUGACAAGGGAGGUUACAAGUUAAAGGACAAUGUUCAGUUCCACCUCUACAUCAGCACCUCACCUUGUGGUGAUGCCAGGAUCUUCUCCCCACAUGAGGCCGGAGUGGAAGACCAAGGGGACAGGCACCCCAACCGGAAAGCUCGGGGCCAACUCAGGACUAAAAUCGAGUCCGGAGAGGGCACCAUCCCUGUGAGGUCCAGCAACACCAUUCAGACCUGGGACGGGGUGCUGCAGGGAGAGCGGUUACUCACCAUGUCUUGCAGUGACAAGAUUGCAAGGUAAGUCACU